ACCACCAUUCUUUUAACUGCGCAGGCGCGCCGGAAGCACCUAGAGAGCGGCGCGUGCGCAGCGGGAGUCGAAGCGGAGACCCCGGGGUAGCGCGAGAACCGCAAGCGGAGUUGGUGGGCGCUAUGCUAUCACCCGAGGCAGAGCGAGUGCUGCGGUACCUUGUAGAGGUGGAGGAGCUCGCUGAGGAGGUGCUGGCGGACAAGCGGCAGAUUGUGGACCUGGACACUAAAAGGAAUCAGAAUCGAGAGGGCUUGAGGGCCCUGCAGAAGGAUCUCAGCCUCUCUGAAGAUGUGAUGGUUUGCUUCGGGAACAUGUUUAUCAAGAUGCCUCACCCUGAGACAAAGGAAAUGAUUGAAAAAGAUCAAGAUCAUCUGGAUAAAGAAAUAGAAAAACUCCGGAAGCAACUUAAAGUGAAGGUCAACCGCCUUUUUGAGGCCCAAGGCAAACCGGAGCUGAAGGGUUUUAACUUGAACCCCCUCAACCAGGAUGAGCUUAAAGCUCUCAAGGUCAUCUUGAAAGGAUGAGACUCAAGAACCAAGAUGGGGGACCAGCAACCCCCCAGGGUCAUGGAGGACCCAGGACCCUCCAACCUUGACACCUGUAAGGACAGGAUCUGCCCUGUAAGGGGCCAGCUGUCAGGAAUCUGGCCAUGAAAACCUCUUUGUAGUGCUUGGCUACUCUGUGAUGGCAGAAGGGAACCUUCAGCCUGUCUGGCUGCUGGACCUGGACACCAGGGCUCAGUGGACACAAGAUCUAUUGACGGGCCUUGGUAGCCACCAGUGGGUGUGUGGGGCAGUGGCUGUGGGGGUGUAAGAAUGACUGCAACAGGCACUUCCCAACAAUGGCCUGCUGUUCACAUGGACCCUGAGCAAGGAAGGAGGGAGGGAGGGGCAGAGUGGAGUUUCAUUCCAGCAUUCCUCUCAGAAGGGAGAGAGGUUUUCAGGCAGGUGCCAUGCGAUUGGAAUAAAGCAGGAGGCUCAUGGGUGGUUGCUGAAUGAAGAACAGAAUCUUGGUGCUUUGUGGCUCACCACAGCCAUCUGUGGGGCAGGCACACACACCUCCCGCCAGCUCCAAUUUUGCACUUUUUCCCUGCUUGAUUCCAAGAGUAGGUGUUGCCUAGCAGCCCUUCGUGGCCGCUGUUUACUCAGGAGGGCCUUGCAGAGUCCUGCACCAGGCCUGGGUGAGUGGAUGCGCCUCUUACCAUAUGACACGUGUCAAGAUGCCCUUCCGCCCCCUCUGAAAGUGGGGCCUGGCCAGCACUGCUCGUUACUGUCUGCCUUCAGUGGUCUGAGGUCCCAGUAUGAACUGCCGUGAAGUCAAAACUCUUACGUGUUCAUUAAGGGCUCAAUAAAUGUUAGCUGAAUGAA